GCGGCUGGACAGGGCUGGCGGCUCUCAGGGCUCCGGGCGCCUGAAUGAAGUCUCUGAAGUUGCCAGCAGCAGGGGCGACAUCAAGGCCAAAUGGAGAGGCAGAAAGGGCUCCGUCUGCCGAGGGCAGGGGGAUGAGGGCUGCUGCUGCUGCUGCUGCUGUCCUGGUCUCCCGCUCUCACCUUGGUGGCUGGGACGGUGCCUUCAGAGACCCUGAGUGGGCAGACCUCAGAGCCUUGUGCCUCAGGGUCAUGUGCUCCAGGGACCAAGUGUCAGACAACGGAGAGUGAUGGCCACACCUGUGGGCCCAUGGAGCCCCAGGGCUGUGCCACCCAGCCCUGCCAACACGGCGCCCUGUGUGUGCCCCAGGGACCAGAUCCCAACAGCUUCCAAUGCUACUGCGUGCCGGGUUUCCAGGGUCCCCACUGUGAGCUGGACAUCGAUGAGUGUGCGUCCAGGCCCUGCCACCAUGGGGCCACCUGCCACAACCUGGCUGAUCGCUUCGAGUGCCGCUGCCCCCUCGGCUAUGCAGGCGUGACCUGCGAGGCUGAGGUGGACGAGUGCGCCUCAGCGCCCUGCCUGCACGGGGGCUCGUGUCUUGACGGUGUGGGCUCCUACCUCUGCAUGUGCGCACCGGGCUAUGGGGGUGCCAGUUGCCAGCUGGACCUCGACGAGUGCCACAGCCAGCCAUGUGCGCACGGGGGCACGUGCCACGACCAGGUUAACGGGUUCCGGUGUGACUGCGCGGGCACGGGCUACGAGGGCGCGCGCUGCGAGCUAGAGGUGCUGGAGUGUGCGUCUGCGCCCUGCGCGCACAAUGCCACCUGCCUCGAAGGCCUAGGGAGUUUCCGCUGCCUCUGCUGGCCAGGCUUCAGCGGUGAGUGGUGUGAGGUAGACGAGGACGAGUGUGCCUCAAGCCCCUGCCAGAACGGAGGCCUCUGCCUGCAACGCUCAGACCCGGCCCUGUAUGGGGGCGCCCAGGCCCCCCUGCCCGGGGCUUUCAGCUUCCGCCACGCGGCGGGCUUCCUGUGCCGCUGCUCUGCGGGCUUUGAGGGGGACAACUGCAGCGUGGAUGUGGAUGAAUGUGCCUCAGGGCCAUGCCUCAACGGCGGCCGCUGCCAGGACCUGCCCAAUGGCUUCCAGUGCCAUUGCUUGGAUGGCUACACAGGCCUCACAUGUGAGGAAGAUGUGGACGAGUGCCUCUCGGAGCCCUGCCUCCACGGCGGGACCUGUGAUGACACUGUGGCAGGCUAUACCUGCUGGUGCCCAGAGACCUGGGGUGGACAUGACUGCUCUGUGCAGCUCACAGGCUGCCAGGGCCACACCUGCCCGCUGGCUGCCACCUGCAUUCCCAUCUUCAAGUCUGGGAUUCACAGUUAUGCCUGCCGCUGCCCACCUGGUACCCAUGGGCCUGACUGUGGCCAGAAUACCACCUUCUCUGUGGUGGCUGGGAUCCCUGUGUGGGCAUCGGUGCCGGGAGGUGGCCCCUUGGGCCUGGCACUAAGGUUUCGUACCACACUGCCUGCUGGGGCCCUGGCCACUCGAACUGAUACCCAGAACAGCUUGGAACUUGAACUGGUGGAGGGCACACUUCAAGUCACACUCUGGAGUCAUGGUGCCACCACUCUUGUCCUGAGACUGCCAGGCAUGGUCCUAAAUGAUGGCCACUGGCACCCAGUGGAGGUGGCACUGCGCCUCGGGACCCUGGAGCUACGGCUCUGGCAUGAGGGCUGCCCUUCUGGGCUCUGCGUGGCCUCUGGUCCUGUGGCCCCAGGUUCCACAGCUUUGGUGACCCUUGGGCCUUCCGAACCCUGCUCUGCCCGGCUGGGUGGCUCGGCCUUUGCUGGCUGCUUCCAGGAUGUGCUUGUGGAUGGGCACCUUCUCCUCCUGGGCAACCUCAGCGGGAACGUUGUCCUGGGCUGUGAACACCGUGAGCAGUGCCAGCCUCUGCCCUGUGCCCACGGAGGGGCCUGUGUGGACCUGUGGACUCACUUCCACUGUGACUGCCCGCGGCCAUACAGUGGUCCCACGUGCGCUAACGAGAUUCCUGCUGCCACUUUUGGCUUGAGGGGUGCACUGAGCUCCAUCUCCUUCCUGCUCCUCGAGCUGCCAGGCCUCAGCCUCACCGUGUCCUUCUUCCUCCGCACUCGGGAGCCCGCCGGCCUGCUGCUCCAGUUUGCCAACGACUCAGUGGCCGGCCUGACCAUCUUCCUGGACGGGGGCCAGAUCCGGGCCACGGUGCCGGGCAGCUCCACUGUGGAGUUGCCUGGGCGCUGGGACGACGGGCUCCGACACCUGGUGACGCUCAGCUUCGGUCCUGAUCAGCUUCAGGGCCUGGGGCAGCAGGUGCACGUGGGCGGGAGGCUCCUCCCGGCUGACAGCCAGCCCUGGGGGGGCCCCUUCAGAGGCUGCCUCCAGGAUCUUCGACUCAAUGGCCUCCGCCUCCCCUUCUUUCCUCUGCCGGGGGACAACUCCAGCCAGCUUAGUGAGCUGGGCCAGUCCCAGAACCUCACCCAGGGCUGCAUCUCGGAGGACACAUGCAGUCCCAAUCCCUGUCUCAAUGGUGGGACUUGCCUGGUCACCUGGAAUGACUUCCACUGCACCUGUCCUGACAACUUCACAGGGCCCACGUGUGCCCAGCAGCAGUGGUGCCCCAGUCAGCCCUGCCUCUCACCAGCCACCUGUGAGGAGGUCCCUGAUGGCUUUGUCUGUGUGGCCGAGGCCACGUUCCGCGAGGGCCCCCCAGCUGCAUUCACUGCGCACAACGUGUCGGGGCGCUCGCUCAGUGGGCUCUCGCUGGCCUUCCGCACGCGCGACCCCGAGGGCGGGCUGCUCCGCGUCCCCGCGGGCGCCGACGCGGGGCUGUGGCUGGCCGUGAGCAACGGCUCGCUGGUGGCCAGGGUGCGCAGCGGCGGGGACGCGGCCGGGGCCGUGCUGCACGCGCCCGGGCCCCGAGUGGCCGAUGGCGCCUGGCACCGUGUGCGCCUGGCCAUGGAGCGCCCGGCAGCCGCCGCGUCGCGCUGGCUGCUGUGGCUGGACGGUGCGGCGACGCCCGCGGCGCUGCGCGGCCUGGCGGGUGACCUGAGCUUCCUGCGGGGCCCGGGCGCCGCGCGCAUCCUGCUGGCCGAGAACUUCACGGGCUGCCUGGGCCGCGUGGCGCUCGGCGGCCUCCCGUUGGCCCUGGCACGGCCGCGGCCCGGAGCGCCCACCGGGAGCAGGGAGCACUUCGUCCCCUGGCCGGGCGCGCCGGCCCCGAGCCUGGGCUGCCGCGGUGCGCCCGUGUGCGCGCCCUCGCCCUGCCUGCACGGCGGCGCCUGCCGAGACCUCUUCGACGCGGUCGCCUGUGCCUGCGGCCCGGGCUGGGAGGGUCCGCGCUGCGAAGCCCGCGUCGACCCGUGUCGCUCGGCACCCUGUGCCCGCGGCUGGUGUCACGCGCGCCCGGACGGCCGCUUCGAGUGCCGCUGCCCGCUGGGCUUCACGGGAGCGCGCUGCAGGUUGCCCAUCCUGCCCGAGGGGUGCACCCUCAACCUUACCUGCCUCAAUGGUGGCCCCUGCAAGGCUGGGCCCGGUGGUGCCAACUGCAGUUGCCAGGAGGGCUCUGCUGGCCAGAGGUGUCAGAGCCUCCCCCUGCCCUGCGAAGCCAACCCCUGUCUGAAUGGGGGCACCUGCCAGGCGUCAGGUGGGGUGUACGAAUGCACCUGCAGCUCGGGAUUCUCCGGUCCCAUCUGUGAAGUGGUGAAGGGCCUGCCACUGCCACUGCCGUUCCCGCUGCUGGAGGUGGCUGUGCCUGCAGCCUGUGCCUGCCUGCUCCUCCUGCUCCUGGGCCUCCUCUCAGGGAUCCUGGCUGCCAGGAAGCGGCGCCAGUCAGAGGGCACCUACAGCCCGAGCCAGCAGGAGGUGGCCGGGGCCCGGCUGGAGAUGGACAGCGUCCUCAAGGUGCCACCCGAAGAGAGACUCAUCUAGGGGGCCUGGCUGCCAGUGCCGCACCCCUGAGGUCCUGCAGGAUUUCCAGCUAGAGACCCAAGGAGACCACUUCCAGGACCCGGGACGCCCAUUGGGAGGGUCCCUGUGGCUGGCAGCCUCUGUUGACAGGGACCAAGGGAAGGGGAACAGCUCAGGGAAGCAGAGGGUGCCUUCAAGGUUGUGCGUCUCUCCACCUGACCCGCCAGGCCACCCUGGCAGGUACAUGGCUGUGUGCGUGGGCACACUUGGGGGCAGGUGGCGUGGUCAAGAGUGUGCAUGUGUGAAUGUGAGGGGACGUGUCAGUCUGGGAUUCCAGUGUGGGUGUUGUAGUGUGUGUUGUGGUGUGUCUGCCUCUUUUGCCAUGUAUAUGUGACUAUGUAGUGACAGCACGUGACCCCAUGGGGGAAGAGACUGCUCAGAGGAGCGGGACAACCUGUGCCCUGUGGAAGCAGGGGCAGCUCAAGGCUGCAUGUUCUCCAGGAGGCACAGCCAGGGCUUGCCCGGGCACCAAGGCUUCAGCUCUGGCAUCUUCUCCCCCACCAGGGACAGUCUCUGCUGCAGAGACUGCUGGGAAAGCAGGGAGGGAGGGCAUUCAGUGGGCUCCGGCUCCCAGAACAAAAGCGCCUUCAGGAGGAUCUGUCCUGCGGUGCCAGAGCCAGUCCCACGGGGAAUCCUGGAGCUGCCCACCGAUGCAGCCUAUGGGAGCGGAGGAUGCUGCCCCAGUACCUGCAUGGCCAGGGUUACUGGCAGUGGAGAUGCACCUGCCUACCUCACAAGGAGAUCUGACACUGUUAAACUCCUCUGACUUGAAGGACAGCACACCAUCCUCUUAGGUAUCUGAAAUGUCAUCAGAGGUGGAAAGGCUUCUUCCUGAGGACCGGCAGGAUGGAGGAGAAUCAUCCUGUGCUCUCCCGUGGCCGUUCCCCCUGCAGGCUGGUUCAGUGUGUGGCCCUGGGCUGACACAGGAAAGGUGCUGUAGCUCUGGAGCACCUGCUGGGCACCUGUGCCAGUCCUGCAGUGGCUAGGGUGGGCGCGGCUGACGCUGUGGCCUUGGAUGCCAGGGCACCUGCCCAGCGGCUAGGCCUCCCAUUGGCUUCAUGGGGUCCCUUUGGCCUUAUCUCUCGGGCUGGCACCUCUUGUGAUGUGGGUUCCAGUGCUGUGGCCAGGAGACCCUUUUUCAUUUCCAAGUUGGUUGGUUUUCUCUGGGGCAUUUCUAGAGACACAGCAUGGGGGACUCAUUGUUCCCCAGGCUCAGGGAUCUGUUUUGUCCUUGUCCCUAGGAGGUGGGGCUGCCUUUUCCUACCCUACACUCUGGGAGAGGCAGGGGCAGGGGAGUUCCCUUGCUGGCUUGUGCUGUCGGUGAUUUGGCAGCUGGUGCCAAUGGCAUGCUCCUAAAAGGACAUUUUAGGUGGCACUUCGGCAUGAACUGUUUAACUUUGUGAUGAUGGCCACUGUGGGUGACUGGUCCAGAGGUCUCCUUCAAACAAGUGCCCAGGGGGGCCACAGUCUGAUCUGAGGCUCUGCCCUUGCUGAUGGGACCUGGGGGUUGGCAUCAAGGUGUCCCCCUGAACUUGUGGGCACUGUUGCUGGCCUACAGCCCUGCUCUGUGGUCGCGGCAGGACCUCAUGGAUCUGUCACCAACACUCCCAUAUUCUGGGAAAGGGCUUGGGUGAAUCUUUCCUGGCCUGCCCUCAUUUCACGGGAGGGGUUGUAGGAUAUCUGAGGGACCAUCGGCGUCACUCCUGCCCACGGCUUCCUUAAGGACACAAGGAUGUCAGCCUUUUCCCCAAGAAGACUUUAUUGAACGGACACACAGAUCAUCCUUGGGUUUGCAAACUCCACCAGUGGGUGGAGAGACUGGCGCUUGUGUGAACCCACGGUACUGGCCCCUAGCUGCCAGCACAGCCGGGGGCCCGGGAGCUGUGCCUGCUUGCGCAGGCCACCUGGGACCUCAUCUUGUCCUCUGUUCCCAGGACCUGGAGCCUGCCUGGGAUCAGUGUGGUGUUGGAACCCACGCCACGCACCUGACAUGGGACAGACUGGUCCUGGGCUACAGGUGGCCUGGAGAGUGCCAGGCUUCACCAGCUCACCACCAGCAGCAGUGUCCUCCCAGCCUCUUGGACACAGAAGGGUCCCCUGGCGUGUGGAGGACCUUGAGAGACUCCUCUGUCCCACCAGACACCCCCAGGGAGGCUUGUCUGACCAUUCACAAAUAGGAAAUGAGAAAUCGGGUCAAAAUGCUUACAAUUUCCUGCAUGUCUCAGACGGUUGUUUUCUUACAUGGUUGGGCUGUUUUUUAACUUGGUUUAUUGAAAAGAGUCAGUUUUCAAGAUUCAUCAAAUCAAUAAGGUAAAAAGGAAAAGAAAGAUAAAAGGAACAAUAACAAUACAUUCCAAUUGAACUUUG